AUGGUAUAUCAAACAGCAACUCCCGAGUCAUUUCUCGAUGACUAUCGAACACAAAUGAAGGUCAAAUUGGUCAAGGAGAUGGUAGGAAAGAAGCUGGAUCAACUUCGCACGCCUAGUCUUGUCAUCAACAAGUCCAUCUUGCAAAGAAACUGCCAAAAAUUGAGUAAAAUUACAACUGGAUUGAAAAAUACUCGCAUCAGAGUGCAUGUAAAGACACACAAGUCUGUGGAAGGUGCUCGUAUUCAACUGGAAAAUGCUCAAACGGAUGCUAUCGUCGUCUCGACUCUACCUGAAGCCUACGCCAUGAUCAAUUCUGAUUUGACUUCGAGUGGAUUGUUAAAGCAGGUCUUGGUGGGAUUUCCCAUCACUGCAGAUAAAUUUGAUGCCAUUUUUGACCUUGCAAACAGAGUUGAUGUAUUUCAAAUAUUUAUUGACAAUUUGGCUACACUGGAGGCAUUAGAGGAAUACUGCAAGUCAACUGGAUCUCAGAGAAAAAUCAAUGCCUUUUUAAAAGUAGAUUGUGGCUAUGGACGAGCAGGCGUCCCUAUCAACAAUGAAAAGACACUUUUACUCGCAAAACGCCUGUCUGGCUCACCUCAUGUUGUAUUCACUGGUAUAUACACACAUGCUGGUCAUUCUUAUUCAUCCCAAAGCUCUGAUGAAUCAUUGGAGUACCUCAAAAACGAAUGCGAUGUCGCUCGUCAAUUCAAAGACUACUUUGUCAGCAAUGGUGUCCCUAUCGACUAUGUUUCCAUUGGUGCCACACCUACUGUUAAAGCCAUCACGGCUUUUAUGGAUCAUUUAGACAUGGAUUACAUUUUGAGAGACAUUAAUGAAGUGCACGCAGGCGCAUUCGCCUUCUUGGACAGACAACAAGUAGCUACCGGCUUAGGAACCUACCGUGACAUUGCUAUUUCGGUUGCUUGCCGUAUUGCCAGUGUUUAUGAAGAGAGAAAGAGCGUGUUGAUUGAUGGCGGUGCCUUGGCUUUUUCAAAGGAUACUGCACCUCAAGGUGGAUUUGGUUAUGUCAUUGAUCCAUGUGCCAAAGGCGAUGUUGAAAUACUGGCUUCUUUGACCAAAGUAUCGCAAGAGCAUGGUAUCUUGCAGCAUUUGGAUGAAACUACUUUGUCGAGACCAGAAUUACGAAUUGGAGAGCUUGUUCGUGUCAUUCCCAAUCACUGCUGUUUGGCUGCUGCUUGUCAUUUGUAUUAUUUGAUAAUUGAAGAUGACAGCGAUGUUGUUGUAGAUGUUUGGGUACCUGUCAGAGGAUGGUAA